ACUGCUUUGACAAGAAGAUGUCGAGUAUACAAAAUCACCAGCUCUACUCCUUUUUAUAUCCGUCUCCUUACAUAUAGACAACUCUCUUUGAUGUACCCUUCAGCAUGUAUUCACAUUACCAAUCGCCAUCAAACAAGGCUCAGAAUCCUCCAUCCAUUAUGAAUCUCCGCAACCGAUAUCAUAGAUGUCCGCCACAGCUAAGCCAUGCCAUUGAAAAUCCCCAAGUCGAAAGUCGAAAAGUCACCGAAAUAAUAAAGCCAAUGGCAUGGAUCUGCGGAGAGACAUUCGACCGGCGGAGUACUGCUAGUGGACGUACUUCGCUGCAAGUAUGGCGAGAGAGUUACGCUCGACAAUGGACUUAAGACGCCUAUGACCGAGAAAGCCCGGAGCAAGUUGACGGUUUCAGUCUGAAGGAUUAUUACACAUAGUCAGUCUAGCUGCUCUAUUGAACAGAAUAUCUUAGAAAGUCCCCUGGGUUUAGCCAUUCUUUAGUCUAUUUACCCAGCAUCUCACUAGCUUCACGAAAUACGUGUAUGAGAUACGUGUAUCUUCAUCACGCAUCACGCCACAUCACAUAAUUUACAUCAACGACACAACCAAUCCAAGGCUCCAAAUUUUCGAGAAAAAGAAAAAAGAAAUAUAAAUAGAAAAUACGUGUUACUAUCCCUCUUUUAACCAGCGAAUGGGCAAUCGGUAUACCAACAAGAGAGGAAGAGCACAUCACACAGAUAGAAACGCAGGCACACAUAAGCC